UUCAGCUCUCGGACCAGUUCUCCCACUCUCUUCCUCUCAGGCGAGGUUCAAAGAGCGCCUAAAUCCGUUAAGCGACGAGCCGGCGGCAGUUCUGCUACCAAAAUCAGCUGUUUUCCGGCCAUCUCGGCGCUUUAGAUUGCCGGAAUCUACUGUGAAAGCAGCGCAAAAGAGUUUUUAUGCGAGAUUGAGUUCUUGCGCUUGAGCUCUUUUUGCUGCAAUUAUAUCUAAAGACUGGAGCUUGAUAAAAAUUUAGUCUUUCGAAUCGGACGAGAAAGUGUUACAGUUCCGUCGCUGAAUCUUCGAUCCGUCAUUCUCAUUGGAGUAGUCUUGAGCUGCUGAGGAGAUUGAAGAAGGGUCCUCAGAUUUGAAUUAUAUAUAAACCACCAGCUAAAGAUUGAAGAUUUGCCAGGAUUUUUUAGGGCAUAUGUUAUGCAUGGAGGGAAGGGAAGGGAUGAAACCUGGUGGUUUUAUGGCGGCGCCAGAGGUUGGUGGGAGUUAUCAAAACCCGAUGCCUUCGCCGCCGCCGGCAUCGGCGGCCCCGGUGGUGACAAGGGUCGAGAAUCUUAGUCCGAGGGUAGGCCUAGUUACUCCAACUCCUUCCGCCGCGGUGAAUCCGCAAACUCAUCAACCAGCUCCGGCCCUGACGCCGACGAAGGCGUCCGCUGGGUUGACGGCAUGGCCGGGGAUGCCGGGGAAGAAGAAGAGGGGGAGGCCCAGGAAGUACGCGCCAGAUGGGAGUGUGAUGCCGCUGAACCCCACGCCAAUCUCGGCAUCUCUGCCGCCGGGGGAGCACUCCGCACCGCCCGCUUUCUCUUUGAAGCGGGGUAAAGGGCGGCCAGGGGGGUUCUUGACCAAGCAACAACCGCGGAUUGAGCUGGAAUCUUUAGGCGAGAUGGUGGCAUGCUCAGCUGGUGCAAAUUUCACCCCUCAUAUAAUCACUGUGGCUUCUGGAGAGGAUGUUACUAUGAAGAUAAUGUCAUUUUCUCAACAAGGGCCUCGAGCAAUUUGUAUCCUCUCAGCAAAUGGUGUGGUUUCAAAUGUUACUCUUCGACAACCAGAUUCCUCCGGCGGCACCUUGACAUACGAGGGCAUAUUUGAAUUACUCUCCUUAUCAGGAUCAUUUAUGCCAAAUGAAAAUGGUGGAACAAAGAGCCGGUCUGGCGGGAUGAGUGUCUCAUUAGCAAGCCCUGAUGGUCGUGUUCUAGGGGGAGGCGUAGCUGGUCUUUUGGUUGCUGCUAGUCCUGUGCAGGUCGUGGUGGGCAGCUUCUUGCCUGGCUACCAACUGGAGCAGAAAACAAAGAAACCUAAACUGGAGACAUCAGCGGCAAUGCCGGCAGCCGGAGUUGCAGUUCGAAUGCCUACGGAGGUAGAAGAUACUUACAGUAGUGGCGGGCAAGGACAACAAUUGGCUUCUACACCAAAGCCAAGCCUUACCAUCUCAUCUUCCUUCAAAGGAGAAAACUGGUCUGCCUCUCUACAUUCUUCAGUACCUGACUCUAGAAACUCUGCUACUGAUAUUAACAUAUCACUACCUGGAGAAUGAACCAUUAAUUUUUUUUAAGAGUGAGGUAUCUUACUGACAUAGAAGCUGCCUCUUCCCUCAAUUUGCUCUGCAGCAAAUUAAUCUCAACUGCAAAUUCCGUUCUUUUGGUUUGGCAUUUCGUUUAUCGAACAUCUUAAUUAAUUUGUGCUUAUGACUGUAGCUAUAAUUAUCUUUUAGUUAUUUUUUUUCCUCGAUUUUGUUCGAAUUUAUUGUAAUUCAUGGUUUCCAGUCCAGUUUUUUGUUGAACUCAAUUGAUGUUAGUUUCUUUAUUACUUGUGGUCUUGACUUUUUUCAUGAUUUGAACUU